AUGGAAAAUCCCGUACGAGAUAUCACCAACGUCAUCCGACAAUUGACUCAGGGCCCACCGGAGAUCCAGUCCUGGGCCAUUGACCGGUACUUCACAUCCGACGCCACCUUCGUGCAUCCGUUCUGCCGCGUCUGGGGCAAACAUGGUGGCCGGGAUGGCAUAAAGACCAUCUUUCAAUGGUAUAAGAUGAUGUCGCCUGAGAUCUCGCUCGAUGUGAACUCAAUUGCAUACGACAAAGACCACCUCCGCCUCUACGUCAAUAUCUCGCAGGUCUUCUCUAUCUGGAUUGUGCCGUUCUAUCGCGCCCCCGUGACGCUCACGACGGUCCUGGAUCUGACGCGGGACCCGGGCGAUGGACGACCGCUGCCGGAUGCGAAUGCCCAGAGGUACUAUAUUGCCAAGCAGGAGGACCUGUAUCAGACGUCGGAGUUUAUCAAGUUUGUGAUGCCUUGGGGGGGUAGCUCCCUUGUGAUGUUGUGGCAGACGCUGGCUACCUUGUUCUGCCUGAUUGGGGCGUAUGCAUACUGCGCUAUUGCGCGGGUAUUGACGAUCGUGUUUUUUCCAUUUUCACUUUCGAGGGAUAGUGGGGAGCCUUAUGGUAACAGGGUAAAAGCGGGGAAUUGAUUAGUGUUGGGUUUAAUGUGGGUUGAGCGCGGCGCGAGGUGUUUAUGUAUUCUAAUGGGCCGUUUGGUUUCUGGUGUGUUGGCAGGAGACAACUAUUGUACGAUUAGGGUGUAAUGGAAAAGUCAAUAGUGAAGUGUUCUCUUGAUAUAGGGUGUUUCGUCUACAGUUACAGAGAGAAAUAAGUU